ACCUGCGACAGGCCCGUCGACUUCCGGUAGGGGAGCUCAGGCCCAGGGAACGGAGCGAGGGGGCAAAACCUGAGGCCGAAGGGCACGGCGGGGUCGCGAGCACCUAGACCCGGCCUGCGCGGAAGCCAGCGACAGCAGGUGAGCGCGGAGGGCCUGGCUGAGCCCCAGACCCGCCCGCUGUCGCCGCCAUGGACCCGUUCCUGGUGCUGCUGCACUCGGUGUCGGCCAGCCUGUCUAGCAGCGAGCUGACGGAGCUGAAGUUCCUGUGCCACGGGCGUGUGGGCAAGAGGAAGCUGGAGCGCGUGGAGAGCGGCCUCGACCUCUUCUCCGUGCUGCUGGAGCAGAACGACCUGGAGCGCGAGCGCCCUGACCUGCUGCGCGAGCUGCUCACCUCCCUGCGGCGCCACGACCUGCUGCGGCGCCUGGACGACUUCGAGGCGGGCGCCCGGGCGGGAGCUGGGCCCAAAGAGGAAGAUCUGCGUGCAGCGUUUGACAUCAUAUGUGAAAAUGUGGGGAAAGACUGGAGAAGAUUGGCUCGUCAGCUUAAGGUUUCUGACACCAAGAUCGAUGGCAUCGAGGAGCGGUAUCCCCGUAACCUCACGGAACAGGUGAGAGAAUCACUGCGGAUCUGGAAGAACACCCAGAGGGACAAUGCGACCGUGGUCAACCUGGUGAAAGCACUUAGGGCCUGCGAGAUGAACCUGGUGGCUGACCUCGUGGAGGACGAGCAGCAGGCCCGGGACCUCCAGAACGGGGGUGAGGCUGCAUCCCCGAUGUCCUGGGAUUCGGACGUGUCCACCUCAGGGGCACCCUGACUAGCCACUGCUCUGCUCCAGAAGCUCGUGGGCACCUGCAGUCCGAGCUUUGUUCUCUCCAAGGGGAAUCCAGUGCCUUCUCGCCCAUCUCCUGAAGACCCAGCAGGGAAUCUCGCAGAACCCCAGACAGCUGCUUCUAAAUCAGAGUGGCAUUUCGUGAACGCUCCUUCUGCUCCAGGCAGGGUGUGGGCACUACAGAUGUCCUCAUCAUUGCUCUAUGAGAGGGUCUUUAUUAAAUGAGUUCUAGAGAAAGUUGGAAUCACGUCCAGCACAGAGAAGGAAACUACAAAUGAGCAGUGAUUGCUGUUAUUUUACAGGUGAGGGCAUGCGCUCAGAGAGGCUGUACAACUGGAGGAGAGCAAAGUAGUGACAGCAGAGCCCAGUCUUGAUUUGAAUUGAUUUUGCUGGAGGGCAUGUAUGCUAGCCAGAGAGAGACUGAGGAGGGGAGUGAGAAAGCACCACCCCAUGGGGGAUGGCCACUCUGGAAUCCCUUCUCCUUUUUUCCCUUUGGGGUUUUGGGUGC